AUGUCGACAACACAGCGCACUGGCGGCCGCCAGCGGUACAUGGCCGCGUACGCGCACCAAUCGCAUCCACACAACAAAGCAGAAGCAAUCUAUCGACAAGCCUCGUUCGAUCGCAGCCUCGAUUCUGUCCGCUACGCUUCCAACGCUAGCCAACCCAGUCUCUCUCACAGCAUCGCAACUUACACCGAAUCGACACCUUGCUCGGUCUGUCGACCUGAUUUUGGAGACUACCACCAGGACAUGUCCCAUAGCGACUGCGGUGCUAGUUUUGUUUCUGAAGUCCCACCGAGCUUUGACGACACUUCGGAUAUCGAAGGAGUCGGUAUGGUCAACAACAACUCGAAGCCGACCUUGAUCAAGUUCGUUGAGCCAGUGGUUCAGCGUGAUCGCGAUCAGGGGCAGGGACAGCAGCAUAGGUUGACGGGGAUGAAGAAGAAGAUCCAACGCAAGAAAGCAGCUCUAGAUGGCGAACCGGAUGUGCAUCAGCUACCUGUACUUGGCUUUGCCGACGGUCGAACUAGGUACGCAGCUUCGGGAGAGGAUAAGGAUAUGCUCAACUUCCCUGGUGUGCCUCCUAGGGAGCAGCUUACAAUGCCACACAAACAGGAACAGUGGAACGUCGACACCAUCAAUAUUGCGCUCGAGGAUUUGGUGCUGGACAAGGGCAAGGCUCGAUCCACUCUGACUGCUGCCGACGAUGCUGAAUCGAGGAUCCGUUCCAUGAUGGCUGCCAACAUGAAGGGUGGAGCAGCAGCUGCCUCGGUGCUGGAAGAGGCACAUCAGGACGAGAGACAGUCGAUGCUACGACAACGUGCUCUUUCCCUGAGCUCGCAAAAAUCUGCCGGAUCAUCAGCACACCGCGCUCCUGAUGCUUGCUUGCCACCACUCCCUCCGCUUCCCUCCCCUUCCACCUCUGCUAGUCAGGACAGCAUCGUUUCUCCCUCAGCCAACGGCAAGGUCGCCGGCCUGCAGCCCAGCAACGACCAUCCUCUCGCCGCCGCCACAUCUUGCUCGACUCGCAACAGCGCCGUUCCGAGCAACUCGAGCGACACUCCGGACGAAGAUGAAAAGGUCUUCGCCUUCUACCUACCCAGCCUCAGCCUCUCCAAUUAUAGUCAUGCUGAAGACCAGCUCGGGGCUGCCAUGGGCCCGCGCCUCUCCACUUGCACUUCCACCAAACGUCUCGACUCAAUGACAUCCUCCAACCACAGCAGCCUCAGAGACCUCGAUCCACGCGUAGUCAUCCAACGUGCUCGCAUGCAACCUCUCUCAUGCGGUCUCGAUGCCGAACUCGACGACUCUGCCACUUUGGCAUCCGACUCCACCUCCAGCCUCGGCGGCCACCACUCUGCCAUUAACCCCGAGGACCUCCCUCCCUUGCUCUCCAACCAUUACCUACAAGGCAAAGUCAACCCGGCUGAAUUCGAACGUCUCAACCGUCUCCCCGAACGUCAACAGGCUCUCGCCGCUGCAGCAGCUGCCAACGCUGCUUCUCAUCGAUUAACCCACAAACACCUCUCCAAGCACAAAAAAGGUGCCGGCGCAGCUGCAGUCAACACUUGCGAACCGAUCAGCAUCCUUCGCGCUGAAGCUGCGUUUCUUAAGCAAGAUGUGAAGAAGGAAAAGAAAAACAGACUCUGGCUGGGCGGCAACUCAAGCACCAACAGCAGCGUUAGCAGUAGAUCUCACGGAGCAGCAAGCAGCAGUAGCGGGUUGGGCGGUAGGGGCGCGUUACACGCUUCCGUGUCGGAUGUAUCGAGCGUGUCGGAAGGCCAUCAGAGAUUGAGGAGCUUUAAGAGCUCGAUUCGCUUGAAGAACUUGAAAUGA